AGAGCUUUUCUGCUACAGAUGGAGGUGGGUCCCAGUGAAAAACGCCAUCGAACGCGGUCCAAAGGAGUGCGAGCUGCGGUGGAAGUGGUACCCCAGGAGUUAUUCAGCUGCCCCACUCCAGGCUGUGAUGGCAGCGGCCAUGUCAGUGGGAAGUACGCCAGACACCGCAGUGUCUACGGCUGCCCGCUCGCCAAGAAGAGGAAGGCUCUGGAAAAACAGCCGCUAGAGCCAGCCGCCAAGAGGAGGCCCUUCAUCACCUCCUGCCAGGGCCAGGAGGAGGAGGAGGAGGAGGAAGAGGAGGAGGAGGAGGAGGAGGAGGAGGAGGAAGAGGAGGAGGUCGGUCCCUACACCAGCUAUGAGGGCGAAGCCUUGAAUGAUGGAGAGGAGUUUAAGGACCAGGGGGAGGGAGUGGAGGAAGAGGAGGGUGAGAGAGAAACAGAGGAGGAGGAAGAUGGAGAGGCAGAGGAUGAGUUUUCAGAAGAUAAUGAGGAGGAGGAGGAGGAGGAGGAGAGAGCAGACAUGAUGGUUUCACAGCAGAUGGAGGAGGAAGAGGAAGAAGUGGAGGAUGGGGAUGAAGAGGAGGAAGAAGAGGAGGACUCCCGGCAGGGUGAUGCACAAUCAAAACUCCUCCCAUUUCAUAAAGACGACAACAACAACAGCUGCAGCAUCGGCACAGGCAACACCAACGGAGAGGAGUACGAGAACUAUGACGAGCUGGUCGCCAAGUCGCUGCUCAACCUGGGCAAGAUUGCCGAGGAUGCCGCCUACCAGGCCAUGACAGAAUCCGAGCUAAACAGCAACUCCUCCAACAGCGCCGGGGAGGACGACGAUGACGAAGAUGACGAGGAGGGCAGCGAACACGGCGACAGGAAGGGGGACCUGAGUGUGGAUUUGGACAGUGAUGUGGUCAGGGAGACUGUGGACUCGCUGAAGCUCCUGGCCCAAGGCCAUGGUGCUAUGCUCCCUGAAGACGGCUACCCAGAAGGCUCCAUUGUGGACAGCAGCAGCCAUAUUAAUGGGGGACCAGGGGUCAGAGGUCAGGCUGAGGAGAGUGAGGAGGAGGUUUGUCUCAACAGUCUGGAGUGUCUAAGGAACCAGUGCUUUGAUCUGGCCAGGAAGCUGAGUGAGGCAUCUGAUCGUCCCAUCCAUCAGCCUCUCCACCAUCAUCUCCAAAACCCAACCAACCAGCAGCUGUCCCACCACCUGAACAGGUUUGACGGCUGCCAACAGGGCACUCCAGCGGUGUCCAGACAUCUGGAGCGCAGCUUCUCUGACAUGGUGACUCUGAUGAAGCUGGAGGAGCAGCUGAGCCCGGCGUCCAGAGGAUACCCGACCCGCUGCAGCCAGGAAGGUGAUGAAGACACGACGUCGGUGACGUCGGACCGCUCCGAUGAGACCUUUGACAUGGCCAAGGGGAACCUGUCCCUGCUGGAGAAGGCCAUUGCUUUGGAAUCAGAGAGGGCAAAGGUUAUGAGGGACCGGAUGGCCUCGGAGCAUACAGCAGCCCAUCGGGAACACCACCAUCACAGCCACGGCGAGCAUAGCCCGCGGAAGAGCAGCGCUGCAGAGGAGCGCAAGUCCAAGAUGCACCAUGAUGGUCUGAAGAGGGCGUACUACCCUAAAGACUCCUCACGGGGGGAGAAGAAGGAGAGCAAGUGUCCGACUCCGGGCUGUGACGGGACAGGUCAUGUGACUGGUCUGUACCCGCACCACCGCAGCCUGUCCGGGUGUCCUCACAAAGACCGUGUUCCACCUGAAAUCCUUGCCAUGUAUGAAAAUGUUUUAAAGUGUCCAACUCCUGGCUGCUCUGGACGGGGUCACGUCAAUAGCAACAGGAACUCGCACCGCAGUCUGUCUGGAUGUCCCAUCGCUGCCGCAGAGAAGAUGGCCAAAGUCCACGACAAGAGUCACCUGACUGACAGUGGCAUAAAGACCAAUCAGACGUCAGACCGCGUCCUCAGGCCGAUGUGUUUUGUCAAGCAGCUGGAGAUUCCUCAGUACGGCUACAAAAACAACGUUCCCACUAGCACGCCGCGGUCCAACCUGGCCAAGGAGCUGGAGAAAUACUCCAAAACCAGUUACGAUUAUGGCGGCUACGACGGCCAGCAUGGCGGAUACGGAAAGCGAGGCCCAAGCACCAAGUCCCACCACGGGCGAGACACCUCCCCUAAAGGAUACGACUCGAAGCAUUACUGUAAAACGUCCAGUCCGGCCAGCAGCACCACCAGCAGCUACGCGCCCAGCAGCAGCAGCAGCCUGAGCUGCGGCGGCGGGGUGGGAGGCGGCGGCGGUGCAGGAGGAGGAGGCAGCAGUGCGAGCAGCACCUGCAGUAAGAGCAGCUUCGACUACACUCACGACAUGGAGGCGGCCCACAUGGCGGCCACGGCCAUCCUCAACCUGUCCACGCGGUGCCGGGAGCUUCCGCACGCUCUGGGAGGGAAGCCCCAGGACCUGCUGACACAGAGUCCGGUUGGGGACCUGGAGGACAGUGGUGUGGUGGAUGUGGCCGGUCAGCCUGGGGGUCCGGAGGGGAGCGGGACGGUAUUGACCCCACUGCAGCCGAUGUCGCCCCGGAGACAGGCGCUGCUCAGCAGCCGCUGCUACCAGCUGAGUGACACCGACUGCUGGGACCUUCCGGUCAAUUACAACAAGAUCAAACAUCUCGGAGACGAGGACCACAAAGAGUCGGCUUAUUUCUCCUCCCUACACCAGAGCGAUGAUCUGGAUCCCUUCCAGGACUUGCUGGAGGAGCAGCGCUACCCGGGUGAGGUGACCAUGCCCAGCCCCAAACACAAAUACCCGUCCUGCAAGGAGAGCAAGAAGGAGCUCAUCACGUUAUCGAGCUGCCAGCUGGCUGAGAAGAACAUCCGAGGAAUGAUGACAACCAACUCCCAAGAACUAAAGUGUCCCACUCCCGGCUGUGAUGGAUCUGGACACAUCACCGGAAACUACGCCUCCCACAGGAGUCUGUCUGGAUGCCCUCGAGCCAAGAAGAGCGGCCUCAAAAUCCUCCACAGCAAAGAAGACAAAGACGACCAGGAGCCAAUCAAGUGUCCUGUCCCAGGCUGUGAUGGACAGGGUCAUGUGACAGGGAAGUACGCCUCUCACCGCAGUGCAUCAGGCUGCCCCCUGGCGGCCAAGAGGCAAAAGGACAGCUACAUCAAUGGCUCUCAGUUUGUCUGGAAGUCAGGGAAGACUGAUGGCAUGACCUGCCCGACGCCGGGCUGCGAUGGCUCGGGACACGUUAGCGGGAGCUUCCUCACUCAUCGAAGUCUCUCCGGUUGUCCCCGUGCCACCAACGCCAUGAAGAAGGCCAGGAUGAGUGGCGUGGAGAUGCUGACAAUCAAGCAGAGAGCAAGUAAAGGCAUUGAAAAUGAUGAAGAAAUCAAACAGCUAGAUGAAGAAAUCAAAGAUCUAAAUGAGUCCAACAAUCAAGUGGAGUCUGAUAUGAUAAAAUUGAGGACACAAAUCACCACCAUGGAGACCAACCUGAAGUCCAUCGAGGAGGAGAACAAGGUGAUUGAGCAACAGAACGACUCGCUGCUGCAUGAGUUGGCCAACCUCAGCCAGUCGCUCAUCAACAGCUUAGCAAACAUCCAGCUUCCACACAUGGAGCCAAUGAAUGAACAAAACUUUGACACGUAUGUGAGCACUUUGACAGACAUGUACACCCACCAGGAUCAGUACCAGAGCCCGGAGAACAAGGCCCUGCUGGAGAACAUCAAACAGGCUGUGCAGGGCAUCCAGGUGUAGCUCUGACAGACUCCCCAAACAAACAAACAAACAAACAAACAGAGACUUGUUUCUGCUGUAAUGAAGCACCGCUCUUUGGUUUCUGCUCAUGGUGUCUCUGUUCCUUUCACUGCUGUCGCCUCACUUUGAAAAAUGAUUCUCUACAUUUUCAACACGUUUUUGUACAUUUUCAUAUGAACUAAUAUCAGCUGAUGCAUUGUUUAUAGCUGCUGUAUAUCUGCACAUUCUGGUGUAUUUUUUAUUUAUUUAUUGUAAGCUUGAGUCAUUUUAAUGGACUGAAGAAACGGGAUUGGCGCCUUGAUUGGCAGCAGCAGGAAAAUCACGUUAAAUGGUUGUAGAUUUUUGUAAAGUCUUCAGUGGACUCCGUGGAUGUGAAUAAUCCUGUAAAUGUUGAAUUUAAAUUAUGAGAACAAACAGUGUUA